AUGAACACCGGCUUUGUAAAACGAAACGAGAAAAGCGGUCCAACCUGGCUCUACUCCAAAAAGAGCAGGGCCCGCGGCGCCCGCGCAAGGGAUGUCCGCUGGGGCGAUUUCCUCAACAUCGAAUCGAUCGACCAGGAUGGAUGGGCGAAGAUAAAAUGGGGCAGCAAACGCUACUUCCUGCCGGUCGAGGACAUUGCCACCGAACGUCCGCUGGAGGUCAUGUUUCUCGAUGUCGGCCAGGGCGACGGCUGCGUCGUCGUUUCGCCGGAAGCGCGCACGGAUGCGGGUGCGGCGGACCAUGAGCGCGAACGGAUCAUGGUCAUCGACGCCGGCAUAUCCGACAACAUGUUCGGCUUCCUGCGUUGGCGCUUCGGCAAGCUAAAGAGGGCAUUCCGGUUCCACGCGGCGAUCAUCACGCAUCCCGAUGCCGACCACUAUCGUGGCUUCCAGAAGAUCUUCUCGCACAAGAACAUCGAAUUCGACCGCAUCUAUCACAACGGUCUGAUGGAGCGCACCGGCAACGAUCUGCUCGGGCCGACCGAUGCGAGCGGGCGAUAUCUGACCGGCAUCGUCGCGUCGGACACGGCGGUGCGCACGCUGUAUGGCGAUCCGGCGGUGCGGGGCCGGAAAUGGUAUCCAAGGCUUUUGCACACGGCGAUGACGAGCGGCCGCGUCGGCCAGAUCGAAAUGCUGUCGACCGAGCAUGGCGAGUCCGAGGCCGGGCGCCAGUGGAUCCCCGGCUUUGCGCCGAGCUCCGGGCGGGACGUUGCCAUCGAAGUCAUCGGUCCGGUGGUCGAGCGCGACGCGGCUGGCAACGACCGUCUGCGCUGGUUCGGCGACGGAAUCGGCUCGUCGGCCAAGAACACCGGCAAGACAAAGAACGGGCACUCCGUGCUGCUGCGGCUGACGCUCAGAUCGUUCAAGCUGUUCUUCGGGGGCGACCUGAACGCGCCCGCCGAGGACUUUCUGCUGCGGCACUAUGGCGGGAUCGGAGACGCGCAGGCGCUGGCGGACGCCGUGCCGCAGGCCAGCACCCGGCUGUCGGCGGACGUCAUGAAGAGCUGCCAUCACGGCUCGAACGACGUCACCGACGAGUUGCUCAAGGCCGUCAACCCGUUUGCCUUCGUGAUUUCGUCGGGUGACGAGGAAAGCCAUGCCCAUCCGCGACCGGACCUUCUGGGGCGGCUGGGCAAGUUCGGCCGGGGCGAUGCCCCUCUUCUGCUGUGUACGGAACUGCUGCGAUCGACGCGCGAGGAAGGCCGUGCGGCCGACUUCAAGAAGCUCGCUUUGCUGAACAAGAAGAUCGAAGCCCCGACGACAUCGGACGCCGACAGGAAAAAGUUGCGGCAGGAACGCGCGCGGCUGACGAAAUUCAUCCAGCAGCGCAAUGUCGGCGUCUAUGGCGCGAUCACGGUGCGGACCGACGGUCACCAUAUGGAGAUCUCCUUCAAACUGGAGUCGCCCCGGGGCAAACAGUCCUGGCAGCGCUACGGGUUCCGCCAGGGCGCCCACGACGAGUGGGUUCCCACGGGCGGCCUGACUUCCCACUGA